AUGGUGUUGGAUUUAGAACGUGAAGUAGAAGGGUUAAAGAAAGCAAAAUUAGAAAUCGACAAGAAGGCGAAGGACUUAGAGAGGAAAAUUGGGGUUCUUGAGAUGAAGGAAACUGAGGAAAAGGCAAGAAAAUUAGGGGUUGUCCCAGAGAAGGGAUCUAUAUUGGAAGAAAAGCUAAAUCUGGGGGAGGCACUGAGAGAAUCAGAGGAGAAAACAAGAAGCAUGGAAUCAAAUAUUUUGAAACUGCAGAAGAAAGUUAAGGAAGCAAAAAACAUUGUCAAAUCUUUCACGGAGAAAGCUAAUGAGGCAGUCAAUGAAGCUGUGAAUGAAAUGGAUAAUGAAGCAAAGGCAAAGGGGUUGAAUGGGUUGAAGCCGCAGUGGCCUGUGGUUGCAGCAUCUACUGGAGCUAUUGCUGCAGCAGCUGUUGUUAUCUUUGUCUGCUAUGGAAAACGUACGUGA